GCUUUGGUUGGCGUUCUGCUCCAAUGGGGCUUCACCCUCCGAGCCUGACAUGGUCAUCUUCUAUCUCCACACCCAUCACUUCUUCAACGAAGCACAACGCUCCAAAGCCACGCCUUUGUUUUCGCGUGGAAUCGUUGAAGAGGAGCUCGAAACCUACCUCUCUGGAUCUCCUAAAGGAUCCCAAGAAGGAUCUCUCUCGCAUUCUCCGAACCGAAUCCGCAAUUAGAGGCGUCGAGAACAAAGUCAAGUCCUGGAAGCACAAACAGAUCUGGCCCAAGUCCAUUCUCGAAGCUUUGGAUGACGCCAUCAAAGCGGGUCGAUGGAAGCCCGCUCUCGAGAUUUUUGCACUUCUUCGUAAGCAAAACUGGUAUGAACCAAGAUGCCGAACAUAUGCAAAGCUUUUGAUGAUGCUCGGGAAGUGCAGGCAGCCUGAAGAGGCUUCUUUGCUCUUUGAGAUCAUGUUGUCUGAAGGUCUUAAACCUACUGUUGAUGUCUUCACUGCUCUUGUAAGUGCUUACGGUCAAAGUGGUCGUCUUGAUCAGGCAUUUUCUACUGUAGAAGAUAUGAAAUCAGUUGUUGAGUGCAAACCAGACGUAUAUACGUAUUCUAUUCUUAUCAGUUGCUGUGCAAAAUUUCAUCGUUUUGAUUUAAUUGAACGUGUUCUUGUGGAGAUGUCAUAUCUGGGCAUCCAGUGUAACAGUGUGACAUAUAAUUCUAUAAUUGAUGGAUAUGGUAAGGCUGGCAUGUUUGAACACAUGGAAAAAUUGUUGAAUGGUAUGAUUGAAAAUGGGAAAUGCCACCCAGAUGUUUUCACGCUGAAUUCUUUCAUUGGAGCAUAUGGUAAUGGUGUGCAAAUUGAUAAGAUGGAAAAGUGGUAUGAUGAAUUUCAGCUAAUGGGCAUUAUGCCAGACAUAACAACAUUUAACAUGAUGAUAAAAUCCUAUGGCAAAGCAGGCAUGUAUAAGAAGAUGAAGUCUGUUAUGGAUUUCAUGGAGAAGAGAUUUUUCACUCCAACAAUCAUAACAUAUAAUACUGUUAUUGAGGUGUUUGGCAAAGCUGGAGAGAUUGAGAAGAUGAAUGAACACUUUUUGAAAAUGAAGCAUCUAGGAGUAAAACCAAAUUCUAGAACUUAUUGCUCACUUGUCAAUGCAUAUAGCAAAGCUCUGCGAAUUGAUAAAGUUGACUCAAUCAUGAGACAUGUAGAAAAUUCUGAUGUAGUAUUGGAUACUCCCUUCUUUAAUUGCAUAAUUAAUGCUUAUGGUCAGGCUGGUGACUUAAAAAAGAUGGCAGAGUUAUUCAUGGCUAUGAAAGAAAGAAAAUGCGAGCCUGAUACCAUCACUUUUGCUUGCAUGAUUCAGGCUUAUAAAACCCAUGGCCUGACUGAAGCUGCCCAAAGGUUGGAAAACAUAAUGAUUUCUGCCAAAGAUAACAUAGGCACUGAGUUAAUUGGAUGCUACGACGGUUAAUUGUGAUUCAAGACUUUCACAAUUCUAAAUAUUUUCUAUAGUAAUCCUGACUUGGAAAGCUUUGAGAACUUUAGCAGGUACAGUCUUUUGCAUCAUCACCCAUAAACUUUGCUGAAUUGGGAAAUUUGUAUGUCCUCUGCAGGGAAUCUAAUAUUGUUAAAGAUUAUGUCAUCGGAGUGCACAUUACACGAAGAUAUAAAAUGUUGAGUUUUUUGUCAUAAUCCGACGAAUAGCACUGAUCCAGAUUCACUCAGUGUUCUGCACAUCAUGCACAAGACUCAGUCAACCAGUCAUGUUUGGAACGGAAUACAUACUCCAUAGUCCACAAGUACUAAGAAUACUUUCCGUUCUUUGGGGAGUAAUCCAAGUUUGUAUCGAUACACGCGCGCACACACACCAGAGGUGUGAAGUGAAACGGGGUCAAGUAAAGAAAAGAAAGAAACUAGGGACGUAGACAAAUUGCAAAGAUAAAAUAAAUAUGCAAGAAAUUCAAAGUGAAUUUUUUUUUUUAAUAAACAUAUGGUUUAAGAGCCUUGGAGAUCUAGACCAGUUUAAAUCAUAAAUAAAGAAUAUUGGAGUAUUGAACUAGUAAGGACGGGGGAGAGAAGAACAUUGAGUGGGGAUAGUCUCCACGGAUCGGUUGGGGGAAGAGGGAGAAAUAUAGGAGACUCUUGUUAAAGAAAAAAGAAUGCUUACAAAUAAAUAUCGUAGCUUCUCUCUCUACUCUCUCUAUGACUGAUAUUUGAAAGGGUGCUUUGCAUCAUGUUUUAGCACACUUGAUAAAUCCUAAUAUUUCUACUGUACAAGUAACGCUGAUCGAAACUCUAGCUGUACUGCUAUUGUACAGGUACCAUGACCAAAAUUGUUUGAGGUACAAUGAUUACAUGAAACAUGUCUUCAGCUAUACUAGAUUGAUACCACCAUAGUAGCCGUCUUCAUCCUAGUAUUGAUGUUAUUGAUGAAGACGAGCCAGGGGUCUUCUCUUUAAGGAGGACUCAACUUCAUCUCCUUGAAGAAAUCUUAUAAUAUUCUUUAAAUUAUUUGCAAAACUUUGUAUUGGUAGGCUGCUGAAGUUUGAUCAUUCUGAUAGAGAAACAUACAAAACCGUCACCACUUGACAUAGGAAUCUCUUUGAAAAAGUGAAAAAUAAUUAGGGUCAUGAGAUUACCCAUGGUAACAAAAAGUUUGAAAAUAAUCUCACGUCUAGAGGAAUCAAGUUGUCUUGCUUAAUAAUUUUUGUAAGGUUUGGAGUCCUUCAAGAAGAAUCUUUGCAAUUAGUCAAAAAAAAUUCCAAUGGGAAUAAGUAUUUAUUUAUUUUAAAUAAUUAACCAUGGGUGGCUGUUAUAUUUAUUUUUUAGCCAAAAUAUUUAGUCUAAGCGUCAAUAUAGCUGCAAUAAUUAUUUCCAAUACGAUCAAAAUUUUGGG